GGGCGGGGCGCGCGCUGACGUGGCGACGGCGGCGGCGGCAGCAGCAUGCGGGGCGGCGGCUCGGACACCAGGCCUGGACAUCACAGACAACAGAAGGUCAAGAGGUCUCUGGGAAACAAAAAGUCUAAGCAAUUUGAGGAGGUGGAAACUACUGCUCUAGGACUGAACAGUAACUAUGAUGAGACAGUCAGCAACGUUUCUUCUGCCUCACCGAAGAGUCGAGUGAAUGAAAGUGCAGAGUCCAGAAGCAAGCGGAGCAUUCGCAGGCCUGCUUACUGGCUGGAAAUGAGAGGAAUAAAAAACAGCAUUAACAAAUCUUCAGAAAAAAAAGCAGGAGAAGUACUAUUGAAAUGCAAGAGGAAAUCUGAGCAAGGGGAAGGUGAAGAUCUUAAAGACUCUCCCAAGAAGAAGCAGAAGAUUUCGGGGAAAAAACAGCAAACUGGAACACAACAAAACUCCAAAACAAAAGGCCACUGUGUUCAGAAAGAACUGGAAACCUAUGGCGCAGGUAGUAUGGAAGAGCGAUGGUCUUUGGAAAUUCAGGACAAGGGCCGAGUUACCUGUCCAACAUGCCGGGCUGUGGUGAGAAAGACUGUAGAAGGACUGAAGAAACAUAUGGUAAAUUGCAGGCAGAAAAUGUUCACGUGUCAUCACUGUGGGAAGCAGCUGAAGUCUUUAGGAGGGAUGAAAUACCACGUCAUGGCAGACCAUAACAAUCAGCCAGUUGUGAAGGAGGGAGGAGAAGUGGAUGAGCAGCUUGAGCGAGACCGCCUUCGGAAGGUUUUGAAGUUUAUGGGAAAACUAAAGUGUACGAGGGAGGGCUGCACAGGCAGCUUCACUAGCAUAAUGGGAUACCUAUAUCAUGUUAAAAAAUGUGGGAAGGCUGCUUCUGAGCUGGAGAAAAUGGCUAUGAAGUGCCAUCACUGUGGAAAAGCAUACAGAUCAAAGGCAGGACUUGUCUACCAUCUCCGAUCUAAGCAUGGGCCGGUCACUUUCCUCCAUGAGGAGAGGAGAACAGAGAGCCUGAAGAAAAUAAAACGGGAGCCAAAUAAUGCAGGCAGAGUUCAGAGGAGAUCUGCAAAGGUGGCCAUCUACUAUCUCCAUGAGCUAGCUGGAGAAGAGCUGGCCAAAGAGUGGCCCAAGAGAAAAGUUCUGCAGGACUUGAUUCCAGAUGACCGGAAGCUGAAAUAUACUCGUCCUGGACUGCCCACGUUUAGUCAAGAUGUGCUGUGCAAAUGGAAAACGGAGAUAAAGAUGUACCGAAGAGUCCACUGCCCAAAUCAGGGUUGUGAAUCUGUAUAUGGCAGUGUCUCAGGACUCAAAUCUCACCUUGGCACGUGUACUUUGGGUGACUUUGUUGCUGGUAAAUACAAGUGUCUCCUGUGUGAGAAGGAGUUCAUGUCAGAGAGUGGGGUCAAGUAUCACAUCAACUCCAUGCAUGCUGAGGAUUGGUUUGAUGUGAAUACGACUACCACCAAAAGCUUUGAGAAGCUAAUGAAAAUCCGGCAAAGAGAAGAGCAGAGGAAGCAACGGAAGAAACGUCCUUUGACCCGGGGCAAAAAGAAGAGAACUGGGAUGCUGGCUACCAAGAAGGUCCCCACUGCAGGAGUUGAAAAAAUGAGGAGAAGUAAGAGAGGUCGUCCACGACGGGUGGACAAUGAGAGUGUGAGUAGUGAGGAGAGGGAGCCCCAAGUUGCACAGAGAGACGAAUUUCCAAAAAACAGCCGCAAGCGAGGCCGGAAGUAAAAACCCUACAAGAAGAGGAGGAGUAAUCCUAAAGCUUUUCAGUUACAAGCCCCACUUCUGUCUGGCUCAUAACCCACAGCACUAAUACAAGCAACUGAAUGUCUUUUGGACUGUGACUCCAUUCGACUCGGUGACCUUGAUUUUGAAACUUGCCUCUGGUCCAUUGUGAGAGACUUCAAACCAAAGCUGUGGUACACAGGCUGCCCCUCCUGGUGUAGUUCCCUUGGACAGUGGCACUAGUGGUGUACCCAGUGUAGUUCUUGUUCUGGUUACAGUCUCAGUUUGGGUCACAUUAGUUCCUUGUUUAGUGGUUUCCAGUACAGCAGCUGUCUGUUUUGUCAUCUUCCUCUGAUGGGUGAGAUCAGGGUUCUUUUUUAGCAGUUCUCCCUAUAAGGGACUGAUUAGCCCAGUGUUUAAGUCUCUUUAAGGGGGGAAUCCUUUCUUGCACAGUACGCACACAAACUAAACAGCACUGUGCAGAAUACAAAGGCUUUAGCUUGCCCUGUAACUGUCCUGUCUGUUGUCAGCAAGGCUGCCACAGAAGAGCAAAUACCUUCCUAGCAUGUGCUCCAGUCUCUUGCACAAGGCACUGUCUACUUCAUACACUGAUGUUUAGGCUCAGCACCAGACAGUAGCACCUGAGCUCUGGUCUGCUUGGAAGUGAUGGGACAUCAUUGUUGCCCGUGUCAGGACCCCAGUAUACCCCCAACAUCUGUAUUCUGUAGCACUGGGCAUUGAAUGUAUGUAGAGGGUCUUCCAGCCCAGUGAGGAAUAAAUGCUCUCCAGCCUUUUGGAGAUUCACUGGCCUCUCAGAGACCCCCCCAGUAGCUAAUGUAAUAAGAUGGCGUUUGUGGGCUCUCUGAAGACCGUUUGUUUCAGACUCGCUUGGGAAACAAACUUGCUGCAAGACAGCGCAUACCUACAAGAGCAGUCUUGCUAUUGCUGAAACCCAGGUUCCAUUGGCCUGCCUUGCUGGUGUGUUGUUCUUUGUCAUGCCCACGCUCCCAUAGUGUCCUUUUUUCUGCACUGUAGACACCACCUUUGUUGUCUUCUUUCACCUGUUUCUUUUCAAUACUGCUUCGUUUCUGUGAAUGACGUAUAUUGGCAGUGACUUCCGUGUGUGGAAAAGGUUAAAAGAAGAGGGUUCAUUAUUUUAAGUCACGUGUUGGCAUGAACUCUGGAUUAUAGGGAGUAUCUUCUUGUGUUCCAUAAAUGCAGCAAAUAUCAUAGAAGCUAGUACGAAGCCGCAGCACAGGCAGUCCUACUCUGUCUUUCAGAGGAUGGGUUCUCCAGAAUUUCUUAUCCAAAGACCCACUGUACGAGGAAGUUGCAAAAUUGCAGUUUUGCAGGCAAGAAAAUAGGCAGCUGGCUCCACGUUACCUCCCUGUGAAUUCUCACUAUCUAGCAAAGUCGCCGGUGCUGAAAUUCACAGGGAAGCCGUUGCAGUGCCUGGUGAACAGGUGAGUUUAUACAUAGGUGUUAUUACCAGAAUAAUCACGUUGGCCCGGACAGUGGGAAGCGUUGGGUGGCCAGGGUGUUCUCAAGAACUGUCUGUCUCAUGUAAUAAGCAAAGCACACCCCAGCUGAGCAUGGUCUGUCUGUCAUGGGGGUUAACACCUGCGUGGUAGUGAGGCAACGUGCAGUACUCCAUGGUGAUCUACGUGCAGUAGUCACGCUGCCUUUUGGAACCAGCUGUCACUGGAUGCAGUGCUGCGCUGAAGGUAUAAAUACGUGGACUUCUGUGCAGGGUGUAUUAAGGUUUGCGGUAAGAGGGGCAAGAUCAGAAGACAACAAAAUAAAAUGUCACCAGUGCGCGAAUGUGGUUUCUUGUCUGUUUGGUGUGUAGUGUUCCUGGUACCAUCCCAACUUGCGCAAGACACCCCAGUCUGCCCACUUCGUUGUCCUGCAUGCUCUGGACAUGCAGUUCAGUUGUCUGCACCGUUUCUCCUCAGCACUCUACUCUACACAGCUGUACUUUGACCACACGCGUUUACUAUGUUCCAGCCCAAUAGAUGGAAUCGUAGAAUCAGUUUAGUUGGAAGAGACCUUUAAGAUCAUCAAGUCUGCCCAUUAACCUAGCACUGCCAAGUUACCACUAAACCAUGUCCCUUAUGGGCAACAUGAUAAACCCACAAAUUAGAGGUUUUUCUUAGUGGAUUUCAGUCUAGAGUCCUAUUUAGAGUUACAUCUACAACAUACAUCCCCACAUAACGCAGCAUGGGGAAAAAGUCAUUAUCCAACAUGUUCGUGCUCCAUCAGCAUUACAGCAGAUCGUUUGCUGGAUUGGAUCAAGGUGGUAAAAGGUGGUGGCACUGCUCCACCAGUGCAGUCCACUGCUUUUGAGGAGCGUGAUGUGUUCAGGAGCACCUGCAUCCUACUGUAGAUGGACUAAGGCUGGCUACCCAGUAUGACUGCAGCAACGCUCUGCUGCUCUGAAGGCGUGGGGAAAGUUAGUCUCAAAAAAGAUAUUUUAGUUGGGGAAUUCAUAACAUCAUGUGUAUCUGGGUCUAUAAAUAAUAUAUAAAACCAGCUAAUUGUAUUACAGCUUACUGUGCUAAGAUUUAAGGUUCAAGCACCCAUGAGUCUACUGUUCAAUCCAUUGUUAAGGCUUCAGUUAGCCUAACAUUUUGCAAAUUCAGGUCAAAAUUCUGCCCUACAGAAUCAUAGUGGUUUGGGUUGGAAGGGACCUUCAAAGACCAUCUAGUCUACUCCCUUUGCCACAGGCAGGGGCAUCUUUCAGUUGAAGCCCUGUCCAACCUGACCUUGAACACUUCCGAUGAUGGGGCAUCCACAGCUUCUCUGGGCAAAUUACACCACCCUCAUUGUAAAAAAAUUCUUCCUUAUGUCCAAUCUAAACCUCCCCUCUUUCAGUUUAAAACCAUCGUCCCUUGUCCUGUCACUGCAGGCCCUGGUAAAACGUCUCUCUCCGUCUUUCUUAUAAGCCCCCUUUAAAUACUGAAAGGCCGCAGUAAGGUCUCCUUGGAGCUUUCCCUUCUCCAGGCUGAACACCCCCAACUCUCUCAACCUUUCUUCACAGCAGAGGUGUUCCAGCCCUCUGAUUGUUUUCGUGGCCUCCUCUGGACCCGCUCCGACAGGUCCAUGUCUGUCUUGUGCCCCCGGAGCUGGACACAGUGCCUCCUCCAGACAGGGCAGCAUGAGAGCAGAGUAGAGGGGGAGAAUCACCUCCCUCCACCAGCUGGCUGUGCUUCCUUUGAUGCUGUCCAGGAUACGAUUGCCUUUCUGGGCUGCAAGCGCACAUUGAUGCCUCAUGUCCAAUUCUUUGGUAUGCCCAAGUCCUUCUCCGAAGGGUUGCCCUCAAUUCACUCAUCCCCCAGGCUGCAUUGAUGUUGAGGAUUGCUCUGACCCACGUGCAGGACCUUGCACUUGGCUUUCUUGAACUCCAUGACAUUCACAUGUGCCUGUUCCUCAAGCCUGUCAAGGUCCCUCUGGAUGUUAUCCCUUCCCUGCAGGUAAUGAGGUGCACCACACAGUUUGGUGUCAUCUGCAUACCUGCAUGCAGCCCCCCUGUCUGCAUCAUUGAUGAAGAUACUGGUGCCAACUCACAUCCUUGAGGGACUCCACUCAUUGCCCCAGCAAAUUUGGCCUUUCUCUUAUAAAUUGUAUUUGAGCGAGUACGUAUUUAGCAAGAGAUCCAGGGUUUUUUUGGGGGGGGAGUGAUAAAAGAGACCAACUAGAACUCGAUACUUGUUCCUGUGCUUAAUUACACUAAAAAUGACGUGUCUUCUCAUUUGAACUUUUUUUAAUUUCAGCUUCUGCAUCUCAUAUUGCUGAGUCCUGGUAACUUAAAUAGCUUUAUGGUAUCAGAAAUUUCUUCCUGCAUAUUUGUAGUCAUAAUUAACUCCAUACAUAAUUUGCUGUAUGAGCUAAAGACACUUGCUAGUCUCAGUCAAAAUAGGUUUUUCUUUUAUUUUCUUUUUUUGUUGUUGUUCUUGUUCUUUGCUGAUAUAUGUUGAUCUCGGUGUAUUUUUGGCUUUUUAAGUCCAGAGGGAGGAACCAGGAACCAACUGCGGUAUUCUGUAAUAGUCUGGUUUUCGUAGAAUACAAUGAUAAGGUUACUCUGCUCUUAGCUACCUCUUUUUUCCCUCACCCACUGCUUCAUUAUACUGUUUACAUUCAUUUUGUGAGUUACCCUCCAAAGCGCAUUUUUUAGUUGUUCUGAAAAUGCAUCUGAGGGCCCAUUUAUUUUGUUUCUAGGAAUUCAAGUUAACAGGGUUUAAGGGAGACAGCACAUGAUGAGCUCAUCUGUCCUUUCUAAAAAAUUAUGCAAUAUUUCACAGAGUUACUCUAGCAGAGACCUUAAUAAUUGUAUUUUUUGUUGAGAAACUUUUCCAGAAAACUUUGUUGUAUAGUCAGUCUUCAUUGCUUUCAUUUGUCAUCAGCUUUUUUAAUCUGUGGAUUUUCUUUGCGAUUGUUUUAUAAAUUCAUGAACGUUCUUGAUAAAAAAGCCGAAUAGCUGCAGACUCUGGGAUUCUCUAGGACAAAUCCUUAUCUACAGUCAUUUACUAACUAGCAUUUAAUGUGCUCCACCAAUAUUUGUAUAGCAUGUGGGGCCAAGAGCAAUGCAUUUACAAUGUCAGUAGCUACUUUUACCAACCCGGACUUGUAAUUAAUUAAAAAAAUAAUGUUUACAGGAAACUGUUCUUUGUGAAGCCACAUUGGUUGGUUUUACUUAUGAUAUCCUUUAAUGUCAACUGUUCUGUUGGUUUGCCUGGGAGAUUUCAGACUGAUAACCUGUACUUACACUGACCACGCAGCUUUUAAUUCUUUAAAUACUAGCACAACAUUAGA